AUGGCGCCGCACUUUGACCCGUUCCAGCAGAGCGUAACCUUCGUCCGCGGUGAUGGCAGCACAUUCCCCAUUUCCAUGGCGGAAUUCAACAAGUUCAUUCUGUACGCCGUGAGAACUUCUAUUGCAGCUGCUUCCCAGCUGGGAGCUUCGGUUGUGAUGGCAGUUCUCCUCGCCUUGCUUACAUCCCCAGAGAAGCGACGAUCGCUCGUUUUCUGUCUGAACGUCACGACCCUACUGGUGAACGUUUGCCGAACAUUGUCCUCUGCUGUAUUCUUCACCAGUGCCUGGGUGGAAGUUUACACCUACUUUUCCGGCGACUACUCUCGAAUCACAGCUGGUGCUUACGCCAAUUCUGUCAUGGGAACUAUAGCCACUGGCCUCAUGGUUAUCUUGAUUGAAUUAUCCCUCCUUGUUCAAACUCAAGUUCUGUGUUCCACCCUCCGUGACUUAUAUCGACAUGCUCUCCUCGCGUGGUCAUGCGUAGUGGCCGCAGUUCCAAUUGCCUUUCGAAUUGCCUUCAUGGUUGAAAAUAUCAAGGCUAUAAUGACCCAGUCCUCGUUGGGGAAGAACGUCUGGAUACAAAGCUCAUCAAACAUUAGCAUCAGUGUCAGCAUUUGCUACUUCAGUUUGAUAUUCAUGGCCAAGCUUGGAUAUGCAAUCUAUACCAGAAGAUUGUUGGGAAUAAAGGGGUUCGGAGUCAUGCAAGUUAUUUUCAUCAUGGCUUGCCAGACUAUGAUACUUCCAGCCAUAAUGUCGAUACUUCAGUACUUUAUUCCCGAGUUCGAGAUCAACACGAACAUACUCACCCUCCUUGCACUAUCUCUGCCACUCACAACCAUCUGGUCCGCCGCUGCCGUUCGCCAUGGACAUAACCACAAGCACGGUUCCGGUCGCCACUUCUGGGGAGGCAGCUCAGAAAAAUCACUGUUCGACCGAAACAAGAUUUCAGGAGGCAGCUUCUCUCACCCAACCUCAACAAUUGUUGGGUCGAUGCAAGGCCCUGAGAAAGUCAAGUCCGCUGACCAUUUCGAUCGUCUGUACCCCGAGCUACAUGAUACGGACAACAUCGCUGUAGAGCGUAACUUUAGUGUUACCAGCAAUAGAGUAUGA